AUUUUAUUUCUUAUUAAGAAGCAUCCGCGAAACAUGUUUCGUGAAGGGAUUAAUUAUAAAACUAAAAAUUUCGACAUUACAUAUAUAUUUUCACGAUCUAAUUUUGCACGGGGUUAUAUACACAUUUUGCGACCGUACGCGCCAUCAUUGAAACAACGUAGAAAACAUUUGAAGCGGAUUUUAAUGUCAUUUCAAUAUGUAGAAUGUCAUUAUGUCUACACAACUUUUGGAUAUAUCUAAUGAAUCGUUUAACUGGAUAAUUAAAGACAUUUUUCGAGAUUCUUUUACAAAAUAUGACAUGUGCACCAGAGACGUGUAAUAUCCGACAUGCAAUACAAGAGACCCACAGGGACAUCCAAUUAUCCAGAAGAGAAUUCAUAAAAGAUUUACUUCAUUUAAAAUGCAAAGUAAUUCACUUGGUACAAGAUCAGAUAAAAGUAUCCAACGGAAAAUUGGAAAUUCAUUACCAAAAAGGAAAUCGAAGGGGCAUCGAAAUGUCCACAACGCCAAGAUAUUUUUUAAAUUCAACAAAAACAGCAAGAUCAGAUGAAUGGACAAACUCACUAACAGUCCCAUCAACAUCAACACAAGCUGAUCUCCCCUAUAUGAAACAUGUUGCACAUUUACCUCCAGAACAUAGAAUGAACAAUAGAACCUGGAAAAAUUCAAUUUCACGUCUGAUUCCACAUUGUAGUAAUAUUCUCUUAGCUGCCUUAAUUUUAGGAAUUUUAGUCUGGAUGUCUUUGUUGUAUGGAGCAUUAUUAGGGGCCUCUCUGUGCGGCCAUGGACGCUCUAGCUUCCCAUUAAUGUCCUUCGCACAUAGCCAAACAAGAAACAUACUCUUUUGAAUAAAAAUGUACGAUGA